AUGGGAGCUGAGGUGAGAUCAGCAGGAAAGUCCAUCAGCGAGGACCAGAAAGAGUCUGAGCUGCUGCAGAGAGUAAAAGCCGCACAGCGCCACCUGCUGCCUGGUGUCCGCAUCGGCAAAGACCUGCAGCUGAGUCUGAGCGUGAAGCUCCAGGUGUUUAACGGAAGAGCUCCACAGGAACAAAUGAGGCCGCAGCUCACAGGUGAUUCGACUUUCUGUGAUGAGGGAGCCGAGCUGGAAGGAUCAGUCAUGCUGCGUCUGCUUCUCACUGCACUUCUAUUUGUAGGAAAUGUCAACUCCAGUCCCAUACGGGAAUCCAAAAAAGAACAUCUGAGGGACUGGCUCAUCAUGGCCUUGCAUUAUAUGGACUCUAACCCAGAGACUUUAGAAGAACUGAUGUCCGAGAACUCUGCAGUGUUGGAGGGCGACAUGAUUCUGUCAAGUGACAGGAAUGCAGUGGAACAUACGUGGCCGACACAGGAGAUACCAUACGCCAUCAGCCCAGAGUUAGCCAGUCGGACAGAGGACUUCCUCUCUGCUAUGGCGAUGGUGUCUGAACACACCUGUGUGUCCUUCCACAAGCGAACCACGGAGACAAACUACCUGCUCUUCAAGACCAGUAAAGGUUGUGCUUCAUAUGUGGGUUUAAUUGGCGGCGAGCAGCCCGUGUUUAUUGCGCCCCAGUGCAACGUGGGUAACAUCAUCCAUGAGAUUCUUCACGCUCUGGGCUUCCACCACGAACACACGAGGACAGACCGUGAACAGCACAUCACCAUUCUUACUCAUAAUAUUAUGGCAGGGAUGGAGAAAAACUUCAAAAAGCAACAAGGCAAAACCUUUGACCUUCCUUAUGACAUUUCUUCCAUCAUGCACUAUGGAAGAAGCUUCUUCUCAGCCAACGGUCUGCCCACCAUCAUAGCAAACCACAACGUGAAGGACAUGGGACAGAGGGUUAAAAUGACGGAGACGGACAUUGAGAGAGUUCGUCGCCUCUAUAACUGUGGUGCCACAAAAAAACAAACUGAGAAGGAAAAUGGCGACGCUGAGAAGGAGAAGGACACAAACAUUCACAUCACGAGCCACAGAGACCAGAGUCAUGUUUCAGCUCCACCUGCCUCACUGCAGCACCUGGGCUCUGCCACUGGAGGACACAAUAACACCAGCAGAGGACAGGCCUGA